AUGGAUGGGGUGCUCGUCCGCCAACCGUCAGGUACAAUCGGCGCGAUAGAGGCCUCCGAGAUGAAUAGAUAUACGGUCGGGACUAGGGAGACGGCAAGGGCGUCACCCUUUCAUAUAAUUUUAACUACUCGUGGGUUUUUGGUUCGUGAGUUGAGAGUAGCUGCCGCUGGUCGCUCGUUUCAAAUAUUUGAAGAUAAAUCGCAUCCAAACAUGCAUAUGCAAGCGAGAGGCAAAGAAUCUGUAUUCUUGGAAUUGAUUCCAGACAAUUUGGAAUAUGCAGAACAAUUGGUUUCUUGUCUUAAAAAUGUAAAGAAUAUUCCAAAAAUUGUAGAUAAUAUUAAAGAAAUGUUAAUGUCAAGAAAAUUUAUCCAACUAGAUUUCGAUGGUCAAAAUUCAAAUAUCGAAAACUUUUUAGAAUGGGUGGAUAGUUAUUGUGAACAAUAA